CCACACCCAUCAUGGCGGCAGCCACGGCCUCACGGGCACGCCCCCAACACGCGGGGCUGGGCCGGGGUCCCGCGAGGUUUCGGGGGCCUGCGGGAGCCGCCGCGUCGCUGUGGAGACGGGACGCGAGCCCUCCGCCGACCUGGGGAAGCUGUAGGUUCGAGCCCCGACGCCGCACGGUGCCCCGGCGGGCUCCCGAGCCGUGGAGGUCCCUGCGGGGCUGACUGGUGGGAAGGAACCUGCUGCUGCAGCUCUUCCCAGUAUGUCACAGCCAAUACCAGUACAGAUCACAGUCGGGAAUGCUCAAGACCUGAAAACUCUCAAAAGCAACUUGCUGUUUACGGUGGUGCGUGUGGAGUACAACGGAGCAGUCCUGGGAGAGUCCUCCAAGACUAAUGUGCUGCCAGAUGGGACAGCAGAAUACGACUUCAGCACCAGCUUUGAGUACAGCCCCGAUGGGCCCAACUCCUUGGAUGUCCUUGUGCAGAAACCACUGCUCUUGACACUGCUAGAAUUGGCAGCAAAGGAGAAGAAAAAAGCAGAGAAAGUCACUCCUGUUGCCCAAGCUGUGGUGGACCUUCUACCUCUGCUGCAAGGAGUGCGUUCACUGAAGGUUCUUGCUCCUUUGUAUGCAGUGCCUGCCUCCCCAUCAGCGAUGUUUCACCCCAAGGCCACGGCUGGCCUUGAAGUGACAGUGAGCACCAAAGAGCUCCUGCUCUCUGCCACCCAGUUCUCAAGUGGAAACCUCCUGAGCAUCACGCUGGAGGCAGCUUAUUCUGUCCCUGAAGCCUUUACUCCUGACGCCCAGCAAAACUACAUGGCUUGUUUGCAAAUACCAGUAGCUGGUGAGAAAGAAUUGCCAUUGCUCUUCAAGAAUGGCAUCCUGAAGGCUGAUGAUGAGAAAGAACCAUUGCCCCGGCCCAAAAACUGGCCUCUUGGCCCCAUCCUGGCCCCUGAUGCUCUGAACAUACCUAACUCCUUCAUUGUUGGUGGGCCCUAUGAGGAUGAGGAUGGAGAGCUCACCAAAAGUGAGGACAGGGAAUUCAGGAUGCAGGCUGAGAGCACGAGGAGAGUCGUGUGGGACACGGAAAUACGCUGUUUCCUGGAUGCUGCUGCAGUGGCCAUCCUGCAGACGCGCAUUGCCGAGUGUCGCCACUGGCCCGUGGAGCUCUGCAGGAUGACCUCAGGUGGCAAAGGGAAAGCCAGCAAAGUUGACAAGAGAGAUGAGGACAAGCAGAUUGCCUUCCAUGGCGUGGCAUAUGUCAACAUGAUGCAUUUGCUGUGCCCUGGGGUGAACCAGAUCCGAGGGGCCUUCCGUGUCUUUAACUACCAGGACAGCGAGGUGUUUGAGAAGACCAGAGUUCAGUACAGUAUUUUCCGGGAUCGCAGGUCACAGCUCAGUCUGGGCAAGGAAAGGCUGGGGACCUCUCCUGCUAGCAAAGCUGCUCCCAAUAAGGCUCAGAAGGAAGAGAAAGAUUCCAGUGCAACGCAAUACAGCGAGGCAGGAACGUUCCUGGUGAUGGAGAUAAAGCUGGACAGGCCCUUGGUCCCAAAGCGGCUGCGGGAGGAGCUGGUCCAGCGGGUCAAGGAGCUGAUUCCUCCCCACCCUGCGCUGCCCGCACGGACGGAAGGAGCCAAGAAGGUGGUGGAGGAUUAUCACAAACGUGUCACAAGUGUGGCUGUUGCCAUCCUGAGAGAGUACCAUGAGCUUUUUGGGAAUCAGCUGCCUGACCAGGGAGUGAUGGACCACAAAACCAUGGAGGAACAAAAGUGUCAGCUCAACUAUGAACUCAAUACCUCUGGGAAAUAUUUUGCUUUUAAGGAACAGCUUAAGUAUUCUGUGGUGAAGAUUGUGAGGGAGAAAUACCUGAAGACCACAGCAUUUGAGACCAAGGAGCAGCUCCAGGAGUUCCUCAGUGAGCUCUAUGUGUACCUCGUGGACCACAUGCACAUGGCCCUGAACAAGCUCCUGUCUGGGGAAGAUGUUUCUCCUGCCCCUCCUCCCUACACGACCAGGAAGCAGCUCUUGCUCUUUGCUCAUGAAGCUGAAGCCAACAAGGACCUCAAACUGGCCUCUCUCUUCUACAAGCAGAGAAUAGCUCGGGACCAGCGCAGCAUCCAGUCCUGGCUGGCCUAUGGAGCCUUCUGCCUCCUGUAUGAGGAUGCCACCAAAGCCCAGGAAUGCUUCCAGCAGGCCGUUUGUCUGGACCCCCACCACAUCCAAAGCUUGCUGCUCUGUGGGAUUGUGGCUGUCAAGCUGCAGCACUAUGAAGAGGCAGAGAUUUUCUUUGAGGAUGCCUGCUGCUUGGAGCCAUCCAGCAUCAUAGCCUGGACCCUCUCAGGUUUGUUUUAUGAGCUGCAGAAUAAUUACAUUCAGGCAGAAAGGAGCUUCCGUGAGGCUAAGAAGCUCCUGCGAGCAGAGCUUGAAGAGGAGAGGAGACUCCUUGAGGCUGCUGAGGGAGAAGAGAAAAAGCCCAGUCCUCCCAGCACAGAGCCAGUUUAUGGCCUUCCACCUAAUGGUUGUUGGGGGUUUCAUUCCAGAGAAGAUUCCAGAUGGCUCAGCUGACAAACCACCAGAGGUUGUGGAGGGUGUGACAUCCAUGGAAGAGGCUACAGCAGUGCAGGAAGUCCCAGAAGCUCCAGAACCUCAGCCACCUCCCUGCACAAUCUUCAUGAAGACAGUGGAAUUCCUGAUGAAAUUCAAUGCUGUCCGG